CAUUGCACAGGUUUUUAAGGCUUAAGCUACAGCUGCUGAAGAACAUGAGGAAGUAUGUAAUUGAUCUCAAUAAUGUCAUGCUUCCUCGUGCUAACUCAGCGUAUGUUGAGCGUUUGUCGGUCUAGAACUUUAUAAGUAUAGUAGUAGUUUUAGGGUAUUUAAUUAAAGUUGUUUCAAUGGAUUUUGUUAAAUUGUCUGUCCUUAGCCAAGUGAGCUCUGCAAUGUUCAUGUUAGGGAAUGUUUCAGCUACACAGUUAUAAUUAUUAAAACAACAUAAAAUAUAUCUGUAUACAUUAACUAUCUGUCAGCUAGACAACCAUUUGUUUUAUAUUUGGCAACGACGAAGCGAUUUAAAUAAGUCAUUAGUUGAGCGGCAAACUUGACAUCGGGAAUAGUUUCAUAACCUCGAUAUGUUAUUGUCGGUUGAAUUUUUUUAGUAUGUUGAUUUAAAAGCCCUCAGUAUGAGUAGGGGACCAAUAAAAAGCAAAUCGGCCCAGGGCUGCAUGAAAAUAUCAAGUUUUUUUGCGAAAAAAGGCGAUCCUGUUCCUAAACCAGUGAAACUUUUGACACCCACUGUGAUAUCAGAAAUCAUCAACAUUGCCUCAGACGAAGAGCAGUACGAAAAUAUGCCUAAUGGCAACCGCAAACCUGAGCGAAAUAAGCGAAAAUCUGAAGAUCACGGGCUGAGCCCCCCUAUGAAAAAAAUUACUAUGCAAUCAAAUCAAGCGGGUGCUGCUGAUGCAGAAAGUCCAGUCCUAGUUCCUUCUACAAGUGGAUGUACAUCAUUGCAAAACCAUUCAAAGAUCAGUGUAAAAUCGCCAGAGAAACUUCUAAGCCCUGCGGCAUUUAAUGACUAUCUAACAUCAGGUAGAAACGUAGUUUGCGUGAGUUCAACGGAAAAAUGGACGCCUCCUAAAAAAGAUCAAAUAAAAGCAAAUAUUACAAAAAGUUCUUCCAAGAAGUCGGAGACUACACCUAGCAAGAAACGAAGAACGCCCAAAAAAUUGUUUGAAGUGUCGCCGAUUAAUAUAAACCAAUUCAAAGUGGAAGUUUUGGAAAAUUUCAUUAAAUUCUCCCCAGCUAAACGAGAAGCUGAAGAUGCUGACCAAAUAACGCGAAGAAAAUCCCUACAAAUCCAGAAACAAAAUGAAAAAACCCCGGUAAAAACUUCUGAGCCCCCGUGUAAACAUGGCACCAGUAAGUCCUCGCCUGCAGCAAGAGUUAGAACUAAGCUGAACUUUGAUAAUAUCAGGCCGCCUGGUAAGGUGACUGUUUCUCCAAAAAUACAAAAAGCUGUACAUCAAGAAGAUAAUUCUCCUGAAGAUUUGACUUUAGUUUUCGAUGACAUCAACUGGAAUCUUGAUGCAGACCUUCUGGAAUCUGGCGAUUACACUUUGGACCUCACCGAUCCUCAGCAUUGUAAAGUGGUUAACGUGAAUCAAUAUGCAACUGAGAUGGUUGUCGUUGUUAAAUCAACACAGAGAAAUGAACAAGCUUUGUGCUAUUUACGAGACUUUUGGAUGUACUCGAAACUAUGUAUUGCCGACACAGUUCGCAUCACUGCCGUUAAAAAUCAUGAUAUAUGGCUGGUAGAUAAUCAAAAUGGAUUUUUAGUUUUCGAGCCAGAUCUCUUAGUGUCCACCACAACAAUAGUAAACUCAGUGUUUUGCAAAAGGCAAACGGUUUUUAAGGAGAAGUUUCGAGGCUUCGAUCCCACUAAUAAAUUCAUGAUUGUAGGCUCAAUGGUACAUGCUUUGCUACAGGAUGUUUUGCGAAACAAAUGGUUUGAACUCAUAGAUAUUGAAAGAUGUGCUUUGGAGAUGUUGCAGAAAGCCGAGUUUACCAGACAGCUAUAUGGCUGUGGGGAAACUACUGCCAAUAUUGCCGAAGAAUUCCUCAACUACGUGCCACAAGUUGGCGAAUUUGUAAAAACAUACGUGCAGAGUGGCCAAAGUAAAGUCCCCAAAAAGGGUGCCUGGAAGGGCAGAAUCUCGGAAAUCGUGGACAUUGAGGAGAACAUUUGGUGUCCCGAUUUGGGUGUUAAAGGGAAAGUUGAUGUAACAAUCAGAACCGAAGCCGGUCUCAUGCCUCUUGAGGUCAAAACGGGACGAGCAACUGUUUCCCUUGAGCAUAGAGGGCAAGUGAUGCUGUAUAUUAUGAUGAUGAGCAAGUUGGGCUAUUCAGUCUCAUCUGGUCUGUUGCUGUAUCUAAAGGAGGGCGCCGUGAAAGAAAUUCCCUCAUCUGCGAUCGAAAAAAGAGACUUAGUAAUUCUGCGCAAUGAUCUGGUUUAUUACUUGUCAAGAACCCCUGAAGUGGCCACAACCCCCAAUGGAAAAUACCUGAAGCCUGCAGAAGUGCCUGAAACAAUCAAUCACUCAGGCUGCAGCAAAUGUGCCUACAGUGGCAUUUGCAUGGCUUACUCCAAAUAUGCCAAUGAAGAUGUUUCUUCAAAAAAAUCAUUACAACAGAUUCACAACAAUCUCGACAAUUAUAUAACAUCUACCCACAUCGACUAUUUCAUGCAUUGGAGCUCGUUAUUGUCCAUUGAAAUGCCCGAAAGGAAUGGCGCUAAAGAUAUAAGGGAUAUUUACACUUUGAAGCCAGAGGAGCGAAAAAGCAAAGGAAAGUGCCUGAUUGAUUUGGAAAUUACUGACGUUACCGAGGAAUUCAGUGGUUUAUAUUUAACAACGUUCGCCCAUAAUCAACAACAAGCAGACAACUUCCUGCUUAGUGGCUUUCUUGAGAACACUUAUGUUGUGGUGAGCACUAAGACCCGUCCCGCUGUAGCCACAGGCCUGAUAGCUGAUAUUUCCAUGCACUCCGUAUCAGUAAAUUUGGAUAGAAACCUUCAAAAAAAGUACAGCAAAGCAAUAUUUUUCCUAGACUAUUACGACUCUACGAUAUUCCUCACAUAUAACUUAGCAAGUUUAUCUUUGAUUUUGGACACAACGACUGAAAGGUCGAACCGAUUGCGAAGCAUAGUUAUAGAUAAGCAGCCCGCAACAUUCCAGCCAAAACUACCAAAAUGUUUGGCAGGAAAAGCCAGGCCUAUCUUGAAGCGACUGAAUAAAGUGCAGCAAAGAGCCGUUUUGAAAGCAAUUGCCGCCAAGGACUAUUUCCUGAUUAAGGGAAUGCCUGGAACUGGAAAAACUGCCACAAUAGUGGCACUAGUUCAACUUCUCAUUGAGCUGAAGAAAACCGUGCUUAUUACCAGCCACACUCAUUCUGCUGUUGAUACCGUUUGCCUCAAGCUCGUAAAUUUCGGAGUCAGUUUUAUGCGCUUGGGAAACGAAGCAAAGAUCAAUCCGAGCCUGAAAAAAUUCUCUGAGUAUAGCUUUAUUAAAGACUGCAAGACCCCUGAAGACCUUGCAGCUGUUUACAACAGCGUCCAAGUUCUGGCAGUAACAUGCCUAGCAUCAGGCCACUCAAUCCUUUCUAAAAGAAACUUUGAUGUUUGCAUAGUAGACGAAAGCACUCAAGUGCUUCAAUGUUCAGUUUUCCGGCCGCUACACGCUGCAGACACUUUCAUACUGAUUGGAGAUCCUGAUCAACUGCCAGCUGUUGUGAGGAAUAAAACUGCGGUUGAACUGGGAAUGAGGGAGAGUCUGUUUGAGCGGCUGGACUCUCCGGAGUCGUGCAUCUCAUUGAACUUGAACUAUCGAAUGAAUGAGCCAAUUACCGCAUUAGCGAAUGCGCUUACAUAUGGAGGAGAGCUGAUGAUUGGCGCUGAGAGAAUAGCUAAGGCUUCAGUGAAUAUUCCUAAGUUUAACCAAAUUAGCGCUAGCUGCAAUAAAUGGCUUGUGGAAGCUCUGGAUACCAAACUGGAAAAUGCUGUUAAAUUCAUUGAUACCGGACCGGUGUGGAACUUGACAAAAAGUGCAACUUGGGCGCAAGAUUUCCGCUACGAGGCUUUACAGUCUCAAGAACACCACGGAUCUUUUAAUAUCUUUGAGGCCGCUCUAAUAUACCGUUUGGUGAAAGCAUUGCUCAAUGAAGGCGAAGUGCCUGCCGAGCAUAUCGGAGUUAUUGCCACUUACAGAAUUCAAGUAGCUUUGCUGACUGAGUUGUUGAAGUCGAGCAAGGUCGAAGUUAACACCGUGGACCAGUUUCAAGGCAAGGACAAAAAUAUCAUCUUGUACUCCUGCUCAAAGUCGAAAGAUCUCAGUGAAGAAUGGAAAGAUAAUAACUUUGAUCUAACUGAGGAUAAAAGACGGCUGAAUGUAGCCAUUACGAGAGCCAAACAUAAGCUGAUAAUUGUUGGGGAUUUGGGGACGUUGCAAAACUACUCGACUUUCAAAAAAAUUAAGCCCCAAUUGGAAAACAACGUUAUAAAGCUUCGAGGCUGUGAAGGGUUCCAUUGGGAUGCUGUUCUGGAUUUUCAAAGUUGAGCUACAGAUGAGAACCGAACUUUAUUCUCGGAGAAUUGUCCCAACGUGUAUUUUUGAUAUAAGCGUUUAUUUAUACCUUUACUGUAAGUGAUGUUAAGUUAAUUUAUGCUCAACUGUGAGCUAUGUACUUUUUCAUAGUUUUAUAUAACCUUUGAGAUUUAAUUUAAAAUUAACCUUUAAGGAAAUGUUUCAUCGGCUACAAAUUCCAGGAAAGCAAAAGUGUUGUUUUCUCAAAUUUAUACGCUCAGAAACAAUUCGUUUUUAUUUACUCAAUAUCUAUAAUAAAUUCUUAUUUUCCGUAAAA